UUGUUUUCCUAUAAAUUCAAAAAUUGUAAAAAUGGAUGUAUGUCGUGUUUGUAUGGUUGAGGAAGCUGAUGUUUUUCUUUCCUUGUUUUCCAAGUUAGAAACGAUUCUGAUAGCGGAAAUGGUGAACAGUUUCACCGGGUUAGAGAUUGCAAAAGGAGAUGGACUUCCACGAUUUAUAUGUAAAGAAUGUUCCGACGAUGUAUUGAAGUCGUACAAAAUCAGACGUAAAUGUUUGGACUCCGAUAUGAAACUCCGAAGCUUGCUGGAAAAGAAUCGUGAAAAAAUUAAGGUAGUAGAAUUAUAUCUUAAGAAAGAGGCAUUGAAAGUAACUUCGGACACCGAAACGAAGGGAAUCAAUCAAUUAUCUUAUGUAUCUGCUGAUGUUAUAAAAGAUGUCGCUGAGAACAACAAAUUGAUGACGCUUUUGAAUUGUCAGGGUGAAAUACCCUGUAAUGAAGAACAUGAUCGAACAGAUGCAGAUGAGGAAGUUUUGAGUGAAGAAAGUCAGCCAACGAGAGAUUGCUCAGGUGUUAAGAAGGACGAAAUAAUUAUAACAUCCGCGGUACUUGACGAACGUUCAAAUAGUAGUGUAGGAGAUGAAGCUCAGUAUACAGUAGAUCAUCUUUCUGAUGUGGAUCAUACGCAAACGGAUAAAACUCAGAAUGAAGAAUACGAAAUAUUACAAAAUCCCACAGAAGAAGAAUACGAAUAUGCUGAGUAUUUGGAAGUAGGCCAAGAGACGGCUGAAGAAUUGCAGUACACAAUUGAAACGGAUGUCGGCGAAGAACAGAUUGUUCUCAUUCAAAAACUUGAUGAGCCUUUACAAGAAGGAAAAAUUAUCUGCUGUGGAUGCGAAAUGCGUUUUCAUGGGCCUGAGUAUUUGCAACAACAUUCGACUGAUGUACAUGAGAAAAUGAGAAUUAGGAAUAAUGCCAAACCGUUCGAAUGUUCGGUUUGUUUCAAGCGGUUUGUAAGUGAAAAACGUUUACAUUUCCAUCAAACGUAUGUUUAUCGAGAAAAGAAUCACGUUUGCGAACAGUGUACAGCGCGAUUCACUUGCCGUGGUUCUUUACUAAACCAUAUGAAAACUCAUGCCGAUCGAACAUAUACUUGUGAAACCUGUAAUAAAUCCUUCUAUACUAGUAGCACAUUACAAUCCCAUAGGUUGUUGCAUUCAGACACAAAACAGUUUCUGUGUACCGAGCCUGAUUGUUCGAAAAGUUUUCUUCGGAAAUCCGAUCUUCAUAUUCACCUAGUUUCACAUUCUGAUGAGCGUCCCUUCGUCUGUGAUAUUUGUUCCAGCCGGUUCAAAUCGAAGGCGCAUCUCGUUCAUCAUGGUAAAGUGCACACUCGCGAAAAACCGUACAAAUGCAACAAAUGUGAAAAAGCUUUCGGUACAUACUCCGCCCGGAAUGUGCAUCAAUUGGCGCACGAAGGUAUCCAUCCGUACAAGUGUCAGUUUUGUGACAAGAUAUAUCAACGCAAUACAAAACUGCAGGUCCACAUUCGGCGCAUUCAUACCGGUGAGCGUCCUUUUGCAUGCGAUAUAUGCAAGGAUGAACGGUUCUAUCAAAACUGGGAACUGACUGCACACAAGAAAAAAGCCCAUCAGAUAGAAAAGGAUAGCGACCGCAUCUUAAAACAGGAAAUUACUGACGAGGAAGUAUCUCCUGUAGCAAAGAAGUCCAAGAAAUGUAAAUAGUGAUUAUUGAUUGAAAAUAAUUACCGUUUUAUUUCAAUUAG